AUGUCUCAACACAAUAACCAUCUCGAUAUAAUCCUCACCCCUUUCAUCAUGACCAGUCAUGCUCUUUCAAAUUCCACCACUGUUGAAGAAGGCAAUUCCAUGUUCGCCACCUUACUGUAUCCCAUUAUUUCUUCUGUAUAUUUCAACACAAUCUUUAUGGGAUUGUGUGCCAGUUGUAUAUCAUUAGCCAUUACUUUGGUCAUUGAAAAGUGGGGUUCGAGAGUUGGAGGAAUUAUUGGAAGUAUACCGACGGCUGUGGUUCCAUCCACCAUGGGUUUUGCUUUGGAUGCUCUUGUGAAAUAUAAUGACCAACCUGACGAGAGGAAACAUGUCAUGAUUCGAUCUUUCUAUUCCAUACCCAUUGGAACAUUGAUGACUGCAGUCUUUUUACUAUCUUGGAAAGUAUUACCGUCUCUUAUUGAAACCUAUCUCAUGAAAAGGUUUUGGAAAAAGAGAUUGGUACAAGUUUCGCAUGAAUUCAUAGAGGAUGGAAUGUCUCUUUCCUCAACUGAUCAAGAUUGCCACACGUCGAUCAAUGAAGUACCAAAAGCAACAGUCCCACAGCAGCAACAACACAUUGUUGAAUCUGAACUUGAUAGAACGAAGCCUCAAAACUCAUUGCCACUUCGACCAUUACCACUAGCCAUCAUCAUGCAAAGCAACGCGUUCAGAAAAGUGUUCAUGGCAAGUUUGGUUUGUUCAUGUGGUGUGUUCAUUUGGUUGUUGUUAGCUGUGUCCUACAUGACCAGUAUUACCUUAGUGAAUUGGAACGAUACCAUUCACAUUAUUAUCAGUUGUGUUUGUUUCACUGUGCAUGUGGCAUUGGCUGUUGUAACCACCUGGACCUAUAAACCAUAUUCGUCAUCAUCAUCAGAAGCAGCAAUACCAAAUGAAGAGAAUGAAAAGAAAUCCUCAUCACGAAGAAGGAAGAGAAUUGCAAUCCUCAUGUUACGAGUAGCAUUACCCUUUUGUUUAGUCUCCUUCAGCGUGUUAUUAAACGCCAUGAAGUUGACAUUGUUGGCUGGGCUUGCUGCUUCAUUCCCAACCUUGUACAUGACCACUUUGUUCACAUUAUGGAUUGGCAAUGAUGAUGAGAGAUUGGCAGUAGAAUCUGUUGGACCAAUGACUUUGGGAUCAGCAUCUGUGAGUUUGUAUGCUAUUGCAGCUUGUCCCAUCAUGUUAUCUAAAUCAUUGGUAGUAGGAGCAGUCUUUGCAUAUUCAGUGGCAGUGGGAAUGAUCAAUAUUCCUGCAUUCUUCUAUUUGAAUUGGAGAAAGAGUGUACAUGAUGAGAACGUGGAACGAGGAAAAGCAAUGGAAGAAUCCUUGUCUCAAAUCAGCUUAGUAUUCGAAGAAUCGCCUCAAUUGCAUUCAAUGUCUACUACGUCCUCUCCAAGUCAAUCCGAGAAUGAGUACACCUAUGACGACACAGAAUAUUUGUCACCAACACUUCCCAAUAGCACAAAUUUGAAGUCUGUGGAAAGUAUGAGUAGCUUGUGUGAUACUGUAUCAGAUAUUCAUAGAAGCGCUAGUUCUGAAAGUUUAGUUUCAUCAAUAUCACAAGAGAGUUCAACUGUCAUCGAAUAUAAUGAAAUUAGUAAAUGA